AUGAUGGCGGCGCCCGUGGAGGUGGCCGUGUGUACCGACUCGGCGGCCCAGCUGUGGAGCUGCGUCGUGUGGGAGCUGCACUCGGGCGCCAAUCUGCUCACAUACCGCGGCGGCCAGGCCGGGCCUCGCGGCCUGGCGCUGCUCAAUGGCGAGUACUUGCUGGCGGCGCAGCUGGGCAAGAACUAUAUCAGCGCCUGGGAGCUACAGAGGAAGGACCAGCUUCAGCAGAAGAUCAUGUGCCCCGGACCGGUCACCUGUCUUACCACGUCGCCCAAUGGCCUCUAUGUUCUGGCAGGGAUCACAGAGAGCAUAUACCUGUGGGAGGUUUCCACAGGGAACCUUCUGGUCAUCCUGAGCCGCCACUACCAGGACGUGUCGUGCCUACAGUUCACGGGGGACAGCAGCCAUUUCGUUUCAGGGGGCAAGGACUGCCUGGUGCUGGCUUGGAGCCUCUGCAGCGUGCUGCAGGCAGACCCCUCCCGGACCCCCGCCCCCCGACACGUGUGGUCUCGCCACACCCUCCCCAUCACAGACCUGCACUGCGGCUUUGGUGGGCCCCUGGCCCGGGUGGCCACCGCCUCGCUGGACCAGACAGUGAAGCUGUGGGAGGUCUCCUCCGGCGAGCUGCUGCUGUCUGUGCUCUUCGACGUGAGCAUCAUGGCCGUGACCAUGGACCUGGCUGAGCAUCACAUGUUCUGCGGUGGUAGUGACGGCUCCAUCUUCCAGGUCGACCUCUGUACCUGGCCCGGGCAGAGAGAGAAGAGCUUCCAGCCGGAGCAGAACCAUGGGAAGGUGUUCAGAGGGCACAGGAACCAGGUGACCUGCCUGUCAGUGUCCACGGAUGGCAGCGUGCUACUCUCGGGCUCCCAUGACGAGACGGUGCGCCUCUGGGAUGUGCAGAGCCAGCAGUGCCUCAGGACGGUGGCUCUCAAAGGCCCCGUGACCAACGCCUGCAUCGUGCUGGCGCCCGUCAGCAUGCUGAGCUCCGACUGCAGGCCCAGCCUGCCCUUGCCACACUUCAACAAGCACCUGCUGGGCACGGAGCACGGGGAUGAGCCGCGCCACGGUGGCCUCACGCUGCGCCUGGGCCUCCACCAGCAGGGGUCAGAGCCCAGCUACCUGGAGCGGGUGGAACAGCUGCACGGGGUGAUGUGCAGCACAUUGGAGAAGAGCGUGCUGGGUGGCCAGGACCAGCUGCGGAUCCGCGUGGCAGAGCUGGAGGACGAGGUGCGGGACCUGCGCAAGAUCAACCGCGACCUCUUCGACUUCUCCACGCGCAUCAUCACCCGGCCGGCCAAGUGA